CCAGCACCCGUCAAAUUUCAUUUCCUGGUUACUUGUCUAAGAAGUUUCUGCUACCUGUAAUUAGUUAAAUUAAUCAGAAAAGAGUGGUCCACGUAGCCUAUGUGUCGGUGUAUCCCGUGAAAAAGAUGUGGCGCGCGCUCAAACCGUUGGGAUUAUUUUACGUCUUCCUGUUGUUUUUUUCUGCGUCACCCAACGACGAUGACCAAAUUUCCGUGGCUGUAGGUAAAGAUGCUGUCCUCAGUCCACCCCCCAUGGAUCUUCCUAUCCAGAGAAUAGAGUGGAAACACAAUGAAGAUAUUGCAGCAGGGUGGUAUGGAGACGAGUUUGAGUGCCUUGGCCAGUUUAAAGGUCGCUGUGAGGUGGACACUGAUACUGGAGAACUGACCAUCAAAAAAAUCAACCUGAAUGACAGCGGCAUCUACACACCAGAGAUUAACGGCAAAGUCUUAAGCAAGACUCAGCUCUCUGUUAUCCCUGUCCCAGUUUACGGAGCUAAAGGUGAAGAUGUGAUCCUCAGACCACCCCCAAUGACUGAUACUAUCCAAAGAAUAGAGUGGAAACACAAUGAAAAUAUUGCAGCAGGGUGGUAUGGAGACGAGUCUGAGUGCCUUGGCCAGUUUGAAGGUCGUUGUGAGGUGAACACUGAUACUGGAGCACUGACCAUCAAAGAUCUUAACCUGAAUGACAGCGGCAUCUACACACCAGAGAUUAACGGCAAAGUCUUCAACAAAACUCAGCUCUCUGUUAUCUCUCGUGUAGCUAAACCCUCUGUAGAAACAUCCUGUGACACUUGGAAGACCUACUGUCGCCUGACCUGUAAAGGCAACACUGCAGAGGCUGAACCAAUCACUUAUACGUGGUUUAUAGAUGGCAAGCAUGGACCUUCAUAUGAGGAGUUGAUUAUAAGAAAUCAUUUUUUGGAUUUCAGUUCAGGGUUCAGUUUCAGAUGUUUGAUGAUGAACCCAGUCAGCAAUGAAACCAGUGAAAGCGUCACAAACCCCAUCGCUGUGUUCUGGAUAUCCAUCUUUGUAGCAGUAGGGAUUGUCUAUGUGGUAGCUGCAUAUUUCAUCUGCAAGUGCAUGAGGGGAAGACAGCAAAGAGCAAUGUUAGAAAGAAGGCGACGAGCACAAAACAAAAGAAGGGAAGAGGAAAGAAGGCGACGAGCACAAAACAAAAGAAGGGAAGAGGAAAGAAGGCGACGAGCACAAAACAGGACCGAACAAGAGAUGAGACCACUAAAUGAAUCUCCUCAUGGUGAAGGACAAACUGAUACUACCCAACAUCUCAGCGAUGGAGCUGUUGCUUCAGGAAUCCAGAGAACCACCCCGGUCUCAGCGACACAAAACGGCCACAGUGGAGCUGAGACUGAGUCAGGGACUCCAGAAACUUCCAACCAAAACCCGGCAGAAGCUGCAGUAUCUGUAAAGAUGCCAGACAAGAAACCAGAAACCAACUGUGAGCCAUCAGCUGAUGGACAGGAAGCAGAUGACAGAGCGUAAACAAGGCGUAAACCUCAAAACAUGUUGAUAGAGACUUUUGUUGCAGAAUCUUCUCCAUUUGAAGAUGUUAAACUCACUAUGGGACGAAGUGUUACAUGAAGGUAGUGAGAAACUUGAAGAAAUGCACUAUUUAUUUCUGACAUUAACUACCUACUGCCACGUCAGCCUGUGAUGUAAGAAUGAAUACAAAUAGCUGCUCUCUGCAGAUCAUGCAUUUUAAAAUCACUGCAUGGUUCAGGACCACUGAGUGAUAGUAGUUAACAUUUCUAUUUACAGCAGCUUCAGACCAGUGAAGCAUCAUAAUUGCUGUAUGUUGGAGGAAAAUAUGAGGAAACAAAAGAGAUGGAUGUCAAGGAAUUUUAGAGGAUUUUUAGUCUUUAUUUUUACACAGUUAACAUUUUGUGACAUUUGUAUUAGGCAAGAACAUCAAACUUUUUAUGUUUUUUACAUAGACAAACAAUUUUUUUUAAGAUUUAGAUUAUAUUUUUUAUAGAAUCAAAUCUGUGCUGCCAGUUUUGAUGCCAAAACAAAGUUCUGGGAGAAUUUUCAUGAAAUUCCUAAUAAUAGUGAUUAGCCUUUGCAGCGCCAUAAAUCCUGAAAUCUGAGCCAAACCAAAGUAUAGAGAUUAUUUUUGUAUGUUUAUAUUUCCUUACAUUCUUCCAGUCGUGACCAAGCACAAACAUUUUUUGGGCUUUUUUUUUUUUUUUUUAAUCAUGACAUAUGAACUAUCUCUUUAUUUU